AUGGAGAGGGUCGAGAGCGCGGCUGCGAUGUCUCAGAGGGAUCUCGCCACCGCUGGUGAGAAUGUCACGGCCUGGAAAGUCUCGCAGGCCACUCUGGUUUCGUUGCAGGUGGAUUCUUGGAGCGCGGUAGGGUUUCAGCUCCAGGAAGUUCCGACUCUUUGCCAAUUGCUGGCUAUUGAAGGAAAGAUAAAUGCAUAUAUACACUGCUUUGUCGGUGUGCAAAGCAUUACAACUGUAUAUGACUUGGAGGUGGCAAUAUGCAAGAAUGAGGGUAUUGAACGGUUUGAAGAGCUUGGCAUGGGUCCUCUAUCUUGCUACCCUCUUGUGCAACAUUACUUCUUUGUUGGUUCAGAUUCUGUUGAUAUUUUCAAAAUAUCAGCUGAGGACGUUAUAGCUUCCUUGCAUAGCUUCUUGAUGCAGUGCAAGAGGAAAACAGUGUCAGCAGAGGAGUUGUUAGACUUUCUUGCAGAGCAGAAGUCACUUCCACAUAAACAAAAGCUUGGUGUGCGGAUUCAGAACUUGGGGUUGCAUGUAGCGUACAUCCGGCGAGGCGAGCAAUCAGAAAAGACUAUUCUCAAUAAAUCCCUGAAGGGUUUCAAACAUAAGAUGAAAGAAAGGUCUUUCAGAAAAGGACAGACUAAAGGACAAACUAAGAAGAAGAAACGGAAGCGUCGAGAGAAUCAUGAUAAUACUAUGAACAAAUUUAUGAGAAAGGAAGAAAUGAUCGACGUCAAAAGGCAAUCGGAUAGCAUUAAAGAAAUGAUCGACUUCAAAAGGCAAUCGGAUAGCAUUAUUAUUGUUGAUGGUUACAUAGAGGAUUUCUUAACAACAUGGAAAGAAGCUUGUCGAGAAAAUUCUGCUGCUGAGGUCCUUGAUAUGAUGAUUAACUUCUAUAUGACAUCAAGCACUGAAAGAAAGAAGAGACAGAUUCAGAUGAUAUUCUCAACCUUGCCUGGUUCUGGAUUGCUAAAUGUUGCUGUAACUCUCUGCUUGUUUAUCGAUCUUUUAGGUUUCAUGGCAAAUCUGUAUCUUGCCAAACAUCUUGUUUUUGGUCGGAAAUCAAGUGGCAAUUUGGUGCAUAUCUUCCAGUUGAUUCCACAUCCACAAUAUGAUCAGGUUCUUCAACCAUAUUUACAUGCCUCAUAUUUGAACUUAAGGCCUCAUGAUACAUUAAGUUCUUCAUGGCUAAUAUAUACUGAGCUAGAAUCUGUAUUACUUGCUCCCCAAGAUGGACCAGUUCUUUUCGAAAUAUUUUACUUGCUCCCUAAGAUGGACCAGUUACAAAGUUGUUAUGCUUUGAAAAGCUGUUGUAAUUUUGGUGUUGUUAAGAUGGACCAGUUACAAAGUUGUUAUGCUUUGAAAAGCUGCAGUACUAGUACUCAAUUUUGA